AUGACCUGGUGUACGAAGCCAGUGGCGAGUACUAAGAAACGCAGUCAACUGAUAGGAUUUGAUAAGACACUCAACAUGCCCAAACAAGAGGGAGGUGAUGAAAAUUCAGCUGCUGAUGGACAAGUUGUCGAUACGCCAAGGGCAACAACUACAGCAAGCAGAGUUACAAAAUCAGCUGAAAAAAGGGCCGCUGAAGAAAAUGAAUGGCAGAUUCAGUGUAUCGCAGGCGCAUUGACAAAUUCCAGAGGCGCAUUCCCGGAAAAUAUAUCGUAUGAAAUAAACGGUGACAUACUUACAUGGAUCGCACGUGGGUACGAAUGUGAAUUCAAAAUCGAUUGUACCAAUGCACUAGAAGUGGUGGAUGGGUUUUACCGUGCUGAAUAUUUCCUGGAUACCAGCAAAGUACUGGAUGAUCAUGGAGAACUACAUGCGGUAUUUACGGUAGAGAAAGAUGAACCCGUAUACAAACCGCAGCUCAUUGUCGCGCAGCAGCGAAUAGUUGCUACCGUAAGACAGAUGAAACGUAAGAUUGUAAUGCGAGAAAAAUUAGAAAAGGAGGAACUUGAGCGUAAAGAAGCACAAGAACAAUUAGCGGGAGAUAACACAAAGCAAAAUGGAAAAAAUGGCCAGAACGGAAAGAAACGUAAGAUUAAAGAACCACAACAAACACGUUGCGAUCCAACCAUAUGUGUAAGGGUGCUCAACAACCAACGGAAAGUAUGCGCUAAAACCAUGAACGAAUUACUCAGCAAGAAAGAUGAGCGUGGGAUCUUAAGCAACUGUAAUGACACAAACUCGCAAAACAACUUUCCAGAUCUGUCACCUACGGCAGUUAUAAAACGUGAAUUUAGACUGCUAGAUGGUGAAACAUCGCCUGUGAAACGCAGAAGAAUGUCAAAAGAAGCAGAAGCCGCGGCAAAGUUCAACGCGAUGGUAUUACCUAUGGCGGACGAACAAGAACAACUAGAGACCACACAUCUCAAGAAAGAAGAUAACGAAGGGGAAAUACCUAAGAAAAACAACGUUUUUCAGGAUUGUUUCGUCCCCAUCGCAAAAAAUGAUUGGGUGACGGAGAGCCUAAACAGAACGCAUAAAAUAGCGUAUUAA